AUGAAACAAACGAUUUUUGUCUGCUUUUUGUUGGUCUGCAAUUUGACUGGAACUCAAGCUGAAGAGUGAGUUGAAAAAGGGGAGAGUACUGUAGGUACAGUAUACCUUUAUACUUUGAGAGGGAACCUACCGUAAUAUUACCAGAUUUUAUUUUGACAAAAUUUUGCUGUUUCAAAUAAUAAAGAAAAAUUAUUUGAAAAAAAAAGUCUACAGUGAUUGUCAAUCCCGUGAAUUCUAAGUAAUUUUUCUAAUUAGAUCCGAAAGUUCUGAAAGUUCACUGCUUAAAAAAUAUUUUAUGUAAAAAUCUGGAAAAUAACGUACAGUAUUAUUUUUCAUAUAUCAGCAACCCGAAAAAGUAAAUUAUUCAUUCACUUUUCUUUUAUGUUAGGAACAAUACUAUAACCCAGCUCAAUUUUGACGAGAAACAAUAUAAGAGCACUUUAAUUUCAUCAGGCAAAUUUUUUGAAAAUAAUAAAAUCAUUUUGGAUAAAUUUUUGUACUUUCACAAAAAUUUCCAAUUUUUUUAUUUCAUUCAACAAUAUUGUACAACACAUUAUGAAUCAGAUUCAUUGUACAGAUUUCAGUCCUCACAAAAUAAAAUAAAAAUAUUUAUUCUAAAGACAAAAUAAGUGUUAUUUUAUGAAAUGUACAUAACUCAAGAUUUUUCUGAAUUUUGUACAUUUUGCGAAAAAAAUGUACGAGAAUAGAAAAAUUGGGCAGAAGUGUACAUUUCGAAAAAAAUAAAACCGAGCAAUUUUUCACGUGAACAUUGUCAAAUGUACUGUUUUUCCGGUUUUCUCUUAUUUUGUACAUUUUCCAGCAGACAUUUUUUCCGGUGAUUCUUGAUUCAAUCAAUCCAUUAAAUGACUUUGCUAGGUAAUCUCGAGUAAAUGCUGCUGACAAAUAUUAGGCUUCCAGUUUCUAUUCAACAGAGUUUGAUUUUUUCGUUCUGACACUCAGCGAUUGGGAAAUUUUGAAAAUACAAUACAAUCUGUAAAAUGUGAAUGUCUCAUAAUGAAACAAUUAUGCAAGAAAACUCACUCCAACAAGAUCAAAACUUCCCGAAAAUGUGAAAAAUAAAUGAUAAAUUUUUUGAAAUGAAAUAAAAAUGAGCUGGAAUGAAGAGGUCAUUCAAUUUUACGUGAAAAAUUAAUAUGACGUGGACUGCAUUUUCAGUUUUAUUUCGAAUUUUCUUGGUUUCUUUUUCUUAUUUUUCACAUGGAUUAGUCCCUUUUGAUCUUGUUGAGGUUAGUUUUAUCAAUAAUUUUGUUUCUCACGAGAAAUUUCCAUUUUACAGCGUAUUUUUUCAAAAGAAUCCGAAGGAUGAUUGUUGCCAAAAAAAAUAAAUCGGUCCAAAUCACCCCAAAACUAAUUUUGAGGAUGAAUAUCAUCAACAGCAUUUACUGGAUAUUCGCUAGCCCUACGAUGGAUUGAUAAAAGCGACAAAAACUACAAGAAUCAUCGAAAAAAAUGUCUGCUGGAAAAUGUACAAAAUAAGAGAAAACCGAAAAAACAGUACAUUUGACAAUGUUCACGUGAAAAUUUUUUCUAUUUUAUUUUUUUUUCGAAUUGUACACUUUUGCCCAAUUUUUUUUAUUUUUGUACAUUUUUUUGGAGAAUCUUGAAUUAUGUACAUUUUUUCGAUAUGAUUUUUUGUUUUCCAAUUUUUUUUUACAUUUUUAAAAAAUGUAAUAUUCUUUUAUGUUUUUGUUUGAAAAUUGAAAAAUAAAUUUUGCUUGUACAUAAAUAUACUGUUUUUUUCUGCAAACUAUAUAAAAAAUUUGCCUGAUGAAAUUAAAGUGCUCUUAAUAUUAAGAAAUUUCACAUUUUCAGAAAAAUUAGAACUCCGUGAAAAUCCUUUAAAAAUUACAGUACUCAUAUCGAAUGUGCCACGUUUGAUACAACAUUCGAAAUGCUUCAUCAUCCUCGAUUCUCAAAAAAUCAUCUCACUCAAAAUUUCGAGUAUCAAUUGGAUAAAAGUUUCGAAAAAUCUGUCGAUUCCACGUGUAUUUUCAGUAUGGAAUUGAAACACAAAACAAUGAAUGGAAAUUCGUGCGAGUGAGUUGAUCUUGACAAAAAACAACCUGACUGUAUAUAUUUCAGCGCAAUGUACAAACUCACCAACAUAAAAGGCGGUGUGCUUUAUCCUCUCAAACGAACACAUUUCUACGGUUCUCCAUGUGUCAUAAGCGAUUAUUAUAUGGUUUGUGUCUGCUGGUUUGACAAAUGUAACUUGCCUCAUUUUUGGUGGGAUGCUUACCGUACUCUUUGGCUCAAAGAUAUCACACCAGUUGCUCAACAACUUCAUCAACAUCUUUUUCAAAUAUUUCAAGAUCCACUUUAUGAGCAUUUUAUGCCACGUCGUUUUCGGAAUCCACCAUAUGUGGGUGUGAAAUUGGUGGAAGCGACAAAUGAUUAUGAACCGGCGAAAGAUCAACCGAAUCGAAAUGAUAAAUCGGAAGUGGCGAAUCCGAUGAAAUGUAUUCAUAAAUUGAUUGCAUUGCAUAAUUUUGGUGGGUUUUUCGAAUUUUCCUAGAAUUUUCACAGCGAAAAAAAUUGUUUUUUCUGUUUCCGUGUGGUACGGUGCGCAAAACAGAAAGUGUUUGCACACACAAAGAAAAAACAAAAGGGGAGAACACACAAAAAACCGUGCGCUCAUGCGCUAUAUUGCAGAAAGACGCUGCCAGGGGUUGCAUGUGGCCUAUUUUUUUUUUGAAUUUCCGCAACGAAUUUUUUGUGAACAAAAAAAUAAUUUUUUUCGCUGUGUAUAUAUAUUUGUUUUUCCUAUACUCAGAAAAUGCCCUGACAGCAAGCACGCCAUCCGGCAGUCGAAUUCUGAUACUAAUUUGUCAGUUUGCCAGCUCGCAGACAGCGUCUGCCAGGUUCUGCCAGCUAGCAACCUCGCGGCGAUCUGGCAGAACCUAGCAGACGCUGUCUGCGAGCUGGCAAACUGACAAAUUAGUAUCAGAAUUCGACUGUCGGAUGGCGUGCUUGCUGUCAGGGCAUUUUUUGAGGUUGACAAGACAUUUUCUGAGUAAUAUGCCUUCUUGAGUUAUUUAUAAAAAAAAAUUAAACUUUAAAAUUCUUUAAAAAUUAGAUUUAUUUAACUGGAAGUCUUAGAAAAAUAUCAGAUUUUUUUGUAAAUUAAAAUCUUAGAUUUCACGAUUCCUCAAAUUGAACUUUUAAAAUUUUAUAUGAAACUUUUCCAGAUGCAUUCGACACAUCAUUUCCAUAUCGUGGCUACGCAACAUCAGAUCUCACUCAAAAAAUUCUGCUACCUCCGGAAUAUUUAUCACCAAAUCACAACAAUUUCUUGUCUAACAACUUGGAUAAUCCUGUCAAAUUUAAGAAAUACAUAAUUCCACCAAUUAUUCCUUAUAAACAUCGCGACCAAAAAGCGGCCCCCAAAAAAAGUUCAAAAUUUUAUCCACUAACAACUGAUGAGCUAGAUUCAUCAUAUCUUCGAGUUUAUCAUCAAAACGGCACAAUAUCACCAUAUGACGUGGCAACAACUCCAUUCAAGAACCCAGAUUAUGAUGGUGAUGGGGAUUAUCAUGAUCAAAUUGUGGAUGAGGAAGAAGAAGAAGAAAGAGUUGAGGCUGAUAAAUUGAAAAUGGAGAAAGAACAACAAAAUGUGGAUUUGAUUGUUGGAAGUUUGGCGGCGAUUGUUUGGUUUAUUGCAAUUGUCGUGACUGUGGUGAUUUUGGUGUAUUCGUGGAAAACGUUAGUGAUUUUUGGAAAGGGGGGAGAAUUUGGCGGUUUUUUUGACACCAAAUAUGACUGGGGUUCGGAAUAUUUCAUAUCUUCAGAUUUAGAGUUAGAACAAAAAAUCAAAUCUUUGAACUUUAACAAUUUCUACUGAAAAUUUCAUGGGAUGAAUUUUUUGAAUUUCAUAUUUCGCCUCUAAAAAUUUACUUUUAGGUUCAUGAACACACCUGACGACACGUGUCCAAAAUGGACACUGUACAAAAUUUUUCAAAGGUCACACUGUACAUUUUUUCAGAAAAAGUGUAGUUUUCAUUGAUUUUCAGCCGAUUUUGAAGAAAAAUUUCAAAAUUUCACGCUGCACAAUUUUUUUUGCAAAAAUUUCCACCCUGCACAAAAAUUUUGGGACACUCUCUCGCCAGGUGUGUUCAUGAAUGAGAAAAGUUUAAAAAUUGAAAUUUUUCAAAAACAGAAAGCCUUUGAAAUCUGUUUCAACACAAUUUCAAAUUUCCGAGAAAAAGCCUAUAAGUAAAUUAAGAAUAAUGUCUUUGGUUUUUUUCCCAGCUACAGUGAAACCGUUUGAACCCUAUAUUUUUGCAGUGUCAGCAAUUUCGCCACAUUCCAACGUCGCCUAACAGAUGCUGGAAUGGCUGCUAUUUUCGAUCGAGCUCUUCGAAAUGUCACACUUCAUCAAGAAACUAUCAAACUCAAACGAAAAUCCGAGAAAAAAUUGGCGAAAAAGGGACCGGCAAAAAUGGAAAGUACAACUACUGUUGGGGUAUAGUUUCUUCUUUUUCUUUGCAAAUGAAAACAUUUGGAAAUUCGCAAGACUUUGAAAUGUCGAACUAUAGCUCUUUUUUUUUCAAAAACAAAUAUGAAAAUUAGAAAAAUAUGAGAAAAGCUGGGGUUUUUGUUAUGAAUCUGACAUGUUUUCUUGUUCUCUUGUAUUAUAUAUUUUUAUUUUUUUGAGAAGAAAAAUAGGAAAUGUUCCAAUUUUCUGUAAUUUUUAGAAAAAAAAAAUCAAUUUUAGGAACACAAGGGAAAAUUAUUGCCACGCUGUUUUUGAAACAUUCUUGUGGAUUCUUUUCAAUUCAAAUUUUUUGCCAUAUGGCAUAUUUUCCUUCUCCAAACAAUUAAAUGUUUUUUCUUCUUCUAAUUUCCACCUAUUUUUUCGUUUCAUUCUCCUAUAUCUCAUGAAAAAUAGGAGGAAAUUCAAUGCAUGAACGAGCAGCUGAAAAACUCUACUUUUUGAAUUUUUUUCAUCACACAAAAAAUGUUUUUAAUUUGAGAAAAAAGAAAGACAAUGCAUUUUUAAUAAGUCACUUCACUUUCCUUUUUUGAAACAUUGCUCAUUUCAUAGAUUUUCCAGGGUUUUUUUUUGAAAUUACAGGGGUUUAUUGAAAUAAAAUUUUUGGAUUUUUGGCGUCAAAAGGACUUUGAAAUUCAUGAAAAAAUGAAUUUUCUAGUGGGUCUGGUGGUUUUCUAGUGGGUCAUUUUUUGGCUUUUUGAAAACGUUGCUCAUGUUAGAAUUUUGAAAGCUAUGAAAAACAAAUUAGAUAAAAUUUGAAACGUAUAAUUUCAGGGCUAAAAUUUUUUCCCAAAAGCUCGCUCAUUACUAAUUCAGAUUUUCAGCCCAAAACCCAACAUUGCUCAUAUUAUUCAAUGACUUUUCCUUCUAUCUAUGUGUCACGUUUUUUUGACACCGAAACCAAUGAGCCAGAAAAUGUGCAUGCACACAAAAAAGCUUUUUUAGGAUUACUUUAUUUUUUUUUUGACAAAUGGAGAAAAUGGAAAACUUUUACUUUUUCUGGUGGGAUUAAAAAAGAACCCAUUUUCCCCAUUUUUUAAAGAAAUGAAACUGAAGAUUUUUCGGAAAUUCUCAUAAUUUCCAUUUUUCUUUGAAAAAAAUGGUUAAACAUAUCAAAUUUCAAAUCUGUUUUUUUUUCAUGAAAAAAUUAUUUUUCAAGAAAAAGUAGAAAAUCCAAAAAAACAUAUAUUUUUGUUGAACUCAUUAAUUCUCUCCGGGUUUUUAUUGGUUCUUUCCUGGCCUUUUUGCUUGAUUAGAAAAAAUGGCAAGUUUUUGUUGUUUUUUUCUGACUUUUUUGCGGAAACCUUGAGAAUUUUUUGAUGGGAAAAACGAUUUCAGAAUUCUAUCGUUAAAUUCAUACCAAAACUCAAAGUUCAAGUUCUCAAGAAGUUAUUCACUGUUUCAUAAAUCCGUGAAUUAAUUAAUUUUAUGAUUUCUACUAAACCAAUGACAAUAAAUUAAUCCAAAAUUGAUUACUUCUGAAAUAGAUUCAUUAUCCACUUUCUUUUUGCAAAAAAUCUCGAUUUCAAAAUGCCCUCAAAAAUCCCAUCUUUUCUCCUUAAUUCACAUCACUUCCUAUUUUCGAAAAUUAAUGGAAUAAGAAGGAAAAGGCUACGAAUUUUUGGACAUUUUCCAAAAACACACACAUAAAUUACACACAUAUAAAUGAUAUAAAUAUUUAUAUAAAUAAAAUAAAAAAUGUUUUGCCCCUUAGUUUUUGCAUAAUUUAUACUUACACUAGUAUCACUUUUUGGCGCACUUACUUUUUUUCUUAUUUUAUUUUUGCGCCAAAAAUUAUUUAUUUGAUUUCUUAUAAAUAUAUAUGAAAAUAAUGCAAUUUUGCGCUUUUGCCCUCACUUUUUUCCACUUAUUUUAUUUUAGGGGCAACGAAAAAAAAAGAGAAAAAAUCUUCAAUAAAGUGAUUCGUGAGAAAUCUUGAAUGUGACCCCUUGAAAAAUGCGCGCCUUUUUUUGUUUCCAUCAUUUUUUCAUCAAAAAAAAAUUUUGUGUUUUUUUUCAGAAUCAAUAG